UACUACUAGUAAGUUGUACACGUCUUGUGCUCCAUUACUAUAAUAUUAGAUUCAAGAUUGACUUGUGAGUCGUGACUCGUGAGUGGUCUUUCUUUUCUAUAAGUUUCGCCUUCCGCGCCUGACGUGAAAAUAUCCGCUACGAAAUACUAAUUUAUUAUUUUAAAUAUGCCGCCCAAGAAGGACACAAAGGGCUCGUCCAAGCAGCCCCAGAAAACUCAAAAGAAAAAAGAAGGAGGAUCCGGUGGCAAAGCCAAAAAGAAGAAGUGGUCCAAAGGAAAAGUUCGUGACAAGUUGAACAACCAAGUUUUGUUCGACAAGGUAUCAUACGACAAGCUGUUCAAAGAAGUUCCAUCGUACAAACUCAUUACGCCAUCUGUUGUCAGUGAACGUUUGAAGGUUCGUGGAUCAUUGGCAAGAAAAGCUUUAGAUGAGCUCUGCCAAAAAGGUCUUAUCAAGCAAGUAAUACAACACCGUGCCCAACUGAUAUACACGAGGGUAACUAAAGGAGACGAAUAAAGAUGUUUUUGUAAAAUAAUUAUUUUAUUAAAUAUAUAAAAAAUAUUACAAUA